UGGGUUCGUCUUCUGUAUUAGAGAUUUUGCUAUUUACAACGGCUGGAUAUUAUGUGUCAUUUUGUUUGGUCAACAAUGUGGACACCUACGAUCGCUUUGCUUUUCAUGUGUUCUCAUUGUUUUGUGCGCAGCCUCGACUCCAAUGUAAUCGGAUCCUCUAAAGAAGCGAUGGAUCCAUUGGAACAGGUGGACCCGCACAGUGGAACGGUGGAUGUACAGAAUAAUGUGAACACACGUCGCAGGGCAGAUACAUCUUCUCCUCGCCAUCACAGGCCAGAUUUUCCUGAUCAAGAACGCAGUCCGUUAACGAGAAAUACCUGCAAUGGAUCUCAGAAAAAGAACCAGAGUAAAGAAAUAGUUGCUCAUGAUGAUGACGGCAACAUAAGGAAAGUUGCAGAGAUGGCCACAUGCGUGCGCUCUGGAGACUGUGAGGCAGGACUGUGCUGCGUCCGCUAUUUAAAAGUGAAAAGAUGUCAACCCAUCCCAAAGGAGGGAGAUACCUGCCUCCUGCGAGGAGGACGCUCUAAACAGCGGAGGAAUCUUGACCGCUGCAACUGUGCACCCGGGCUAAUCUGUCGUGCCCAGGCUGAAAGCCCCAAAAACCAAGGAGUUUGUCAACCUAAAUUGAGCGAGAACAGGAGGAGUGCUAGACACUCAGGCAAGAGGCGUAUGGCUGAGAGAAGAUGUGGAUGACUUAAGCCUUUCUUUCACUCAAAACUUUUGACUCAAUAAACUACCUUUGUGCCAUUCUUUGUUUAAAAUGUUAAAGGCUAAAUGCAAGUUAAGCUUUUGUAAAUGUAUAUUUCAUUCCAUACAAGCUCUGGUGGUCUACUCUUAGUUUUUAUUUGAGCCCCUCACCUAAUCUUAUUAAUCUUUAAAAGACAAAUCCUCACAUUUCAUAACUUCCUUGAAUUUAAUGGCAUCUGGUACCACCUCUCAAAUGGUCCAGACCUCAUCAUCACAAUGUCCACUAGUGCCAUCUAUUGGAUGAAGAUUAUAGGCAACAAAUUGACAAUAUUUGAAAAGGACCCGAGGCUAGGCUUUUGUAGCCUGGAAUCAACACUGACCGUUUCAAAAUAGUUUCAUGUCAUCGAUUCAGUCUGGACCUGCUCCAACAGGGACUCUUGGGCCUAAAUAGAAAAUAGCCAGUCCAGUCAGAAUCUAAAAGUGGGGUUAGCACAAAACCCCAUGUGGCAAAAUGCUGCACUUUAAAGGCCAGGUAGCACAUAUUGUCAGAUAUUAAUGUAGUUGGUGCUGUAUAUUAACUAAUAUACAUUAGUUCUAACUAGAAAAAAAUCUUUGUUGUUUACAAUUACACAACUUAUGUUCCCGCAUAUAAAAACCACGAAGACUGCCGGAAAGGCCCGAACGCAAGAUCGUAAUUUCUAUGACUCACACAGUGAAGAACAUAACAUUUUAUAGCCUGUAGCCUGUACUGUUCAUGGAGAGCUGGUGUGCAUGAGUGGCACUUCACUUUUUUAGGAAAACAGCUGUGACAUUAUUGAUCCUAAGAUCAAAAUGUUAUUUGUGUAAUGAAUUGUGAAAUAAAAAAUAAACUGCAAUUUCCUCAAA